GCGGCGGCGGCCAUGGGCGAUCACGAGGCGGCGGCGGCGACCAAGACCCGGCGGGAGCAAGAUGAGACCAAUCGUGGCCUUGGUUUCUGUGGAUGGAUCCUGGUGGCCGUUUCGUUCUUCCUCACUGUCAUUACCUUUCCUAUAUCAAUCUGGAUGUGCAUAAAGAUUAUAAAGGAAUACGAGCGAGCCAUCAUAUUCAGGCUUGGACGCAUCUUAAAAGGGGGAGCAAAGGGACCAGGUUUAUUUUUCGUAUUGCCCUGCACAGACACCUUUGUCAAGGUUGAUAUGAGGACCAUCUCUUUUGAUAUCCCUCCCCAAGAGAUCUUGACCAAGGACUCUGUGACAGUUAACGUGGAUGGAGUGGUUUAUUACAGAGUGCAGAACGCCACCCUUGCAGUGUCAAAUAUCACAAAUGCUGACUCAGCCACCCGUCUUUUAGCACAGACCACUUUGAGGAAUGUUCUGGGGACCAAGAACCUUUCUCAGAUUCUCUCUGAUCGUGAAGAAAUUGCACACAGUAUGCAGGCUACACUAGAUGAGGCAACAGAUGCGUGGGGCAUUAAGGUGGAACGUGUGGAGAUCAAGGAUGUGAAAUUACCCAUCCAGCUGCAGAGAGCAAUGGCUGCAGAAGCAGAAGCUGCACGGGAGGCGAGAGCCAAGGUGAUUGCAGCAGAGGGUGAAAUGAAUGCUUCCAGGGCCCUGAAAGAGGCAGCCAUGGUUAUUACAGAGUCCCCUGCUGCUCUGCAGCUUCGUUAUCUGCAGACCUUGACCACCAUUGCUGCAGAGAAGAACUCCACCAUUGUCUUCCCUUUGCCCAUAAAUAUUCUGCAGGGCAUCAUGGGUGGCAAUGAGUAGGUAGAAGGGGAGGAGAGAGUGUGGGGUGGCUUUUGCUACAGCGAGUGUUUGCAGCACUGAAUUCUCUGUGUAUUAGAGCUUGUGGCAGCGUUCACGAGGCGGAUUUGCUGAUGAGCUGGGUUUUUAUACUGUGUUACAGAAAUUACAGGUAAUGCUUGUGACUAGGGACAGUCAAAAUACUUGAAACUGAAAACCUGUCUAAGUGAGUAAAAGACUCUGAUCUUAAAUAAGCCAUCCUGGCUGGAAUACCUUUGAUCUACAGCCUCCCCUUUCCAAGUAGACCAUCUGUGGUGAAGCUGAGGGGAUGCAACAUUUGGAAAGGGAAGCAUUGCUGUGAAUAAAUGGGUCUUGUAGCCCUGCAAGGGAAGAAGAACAGCCCAAACUGCUGUCUGGGAGUGUAGCUGUAUGUAUGGGAUGAAAUGAGUGGGUUGCUGUCAGGUGGGUGGGCUCUCUGGCUUACACAAGGAACCAGGAUGGAAGGUGAUAAAUGAGUGUCAAUACCAUAGUGAGUACUUCUGAAAAUUGGGCUCAUACUCCCUAAACUAAUCCCUUUUCAUGAGAAACAGUUGUUAGUGGGACUUUCCAUUUGUUCUGCCACACAGCCAUGGCACAAGCAGGCCGUAGUUACAGGUACAACACACUUCAGUCACUGUGGGCUCUUCUGUUGUUACAGUGGUACGUGUGCCUGGAUAGAUUUGUGCUCCUGUAAAGCCCUGAAGAGGUGUUGGGUCUGCCUUUAGCUGGCUCCCUGAGAAAUGAUUUUCAAGAGCCAAGGUACUGCCUCCUGCACUUUAACCAUCUCUAACCCCAUAUUGCCAAGUAAGAUCCCUUUAAUUAGUGGGGAUGGGCAGGUUGAACAGAUGCUGCUCUGUUUAUGUAUCUGCUCUAACAAAGCAGAGAUUUACCCAUCGAUGCUGCUGCUGAGCAGACCUGGAGUAGCUGUUGUGACACCAAGGGCUUACACUUCAAACCAAAACCGUGUAAUCUUCUGUUCAUGUAGUCUCAAGCUGUACCUCUGCAAAACUCUGUAUUUUGUACCUGUUGAUUAGAUGUAAUUUCAGAUUAAAAUGAGAAGAAUUAGAGGCUGGUGAGAGGGACUGUCUUUGGGCUACCGGCAGCCCCGAGUUUGGUUUUUAAUUAUGGAGAGGUAGCAAUGAAAACAAACCCCACUGAAUGAAGUGCCCUUCUCCCCCAGGCCAGCCUCACACUCCUCACUUGUUUUUAUGUCCCUUCUGCUCGGCCCAGGUCUGUAUUUACAGGGGGAGUAAAUUUACCUGUUUCUCGAUAUGCUUUGCCUUUGCCACUGCUGGGAAGAGAUGCCCAAGUGCAGCUGGGGCUGGAGCUAAUUGGUGCUGCUUCUCUUCUGCCUGUUUGCUGUGAACUUUUCCCUUCCUCUGCAUCCCAGGAGCAGUAUGGCCCCCUGCACAUGUUCAUCAGUACUUCAGUUAAUGUAUGCUGAGCUUGACUUUUUGCCAGGAAAGGGGGCAGAAAUAGAGUUACCAAAGCUGUACUAAUUAGCGUUAUUGUGCACUUGAAGUGGGAAACGGAGUAACUGCACAGCUUGCAGUGAAUCCUUGGGGAAGAGGAGUGAAUCUGUAACUGCUGUUGUUGCUGUAGCAUGGCCACCCCUGGGAAUCCUUGUUGACACCAGGAACACGCUUUUUGCUCUCAUUUGGAAUAAAACCCAUGCUGUUUGCUAGUGAGUGACUUCCUGAAAGAGUAGAAUACUGUUCAUUUAUCAGGGUCUUAAAUGCUAAUCACUCUGGUGAGGGGAAAGCAAAACAGUCCCACAAGGUUUAGUUUUCUGAGUUGUAUUUGUUCCAAGCAAGUUCAAAGGUGGGAUCUACAAAUCCUGUUCAAUGUUUUCUUCCUCGUGACAAAGCCCACCAUUUCUGUUCUUCACCUAUUCCAUACAAGCUUUUAUUGUAUUAAAUAUAAUCAAAGCAAGGAGAAGGGUCAAUGACUGAUCACGAUUGUUUGUG